AAUGAUAAUUAAGAGAAAUAGAAAGGUUGUGAUUUUAUGGAAGCUACAUCUGGUGUUGUGGGUGUGAAAGAGCGCCUUAGUUUACGAAAUUUUUAUGAUAUAUUCAUUUCUGUUUUUACUUGCAAUCCGCAUCGUAACUUCAUUCUUAACCCACUGCAUGCUGAUGAACAAAAUAUAUUGUCAAUCUUUUUCUUGUUUUACUGGUUUGUGUAUUAUCUGAAAUCUCUUCUAUCGAGUCCCAAAAAAUAUAUUACCAAUAUGAUGAGCGGAAUUGAAAAAUACGGAACUAUGCGACCCCCACUUUGCCCAAAACAAAUAUCAAUUAUGCAAGAUUAUAGUAUAACAGAUAAUGUACUAGGACUAGGGAUCAAUGGAAAAGUUGUAGAAUGUUACGAUCGAAAAACAGGACAAAAAUAUGCGUUGAAAGUUCUUAGAGAUUCAUCAAAAGCCAGAAGGGAAGUGGAAUUACACUGGCGUGCAAGUAACUGUAAACAUAUUGUGAAUGUAAUUGAUGUUUAUGAAAAUCUAUAUGGCGGUUAUAAAUGCUUAUUGGUUGUCAUGGAAUGCAUGGAAGGAGGAGAAUUGUUUCAACGUAUUCAAGAGAGAGCUGAGGGGGCUUUCACUGAAAGAGAAGCUGCUGAAAUAAUGAGAGAAAUUUGCUUAGCAGUACAGCAUCUUCAUCGCAUGAAUAUAGCCCACAGAGAUUUGAAACCUGAAAAUUUGUUGUACUCUAAACGUGAUCCUGCUGGAAUUCUGAAAUUAACUGAUUUUGGGUUUGCCAAAGAAACAACCCAUUUAAAUACCCUACAAACACCCUGUUACACUCCAUAUUAUGUUGCGCCUGAAGUUUUAGGACCUGAAAAAUAUGAUAAAUCGUGUGACAUGUGGUCCUUAGGUGUCAUUAUGUAUAUUCUUCUUUGUGGAUUUCCCCCAUUUUAUAGUAAUCAUGGACUUGCUAUCUCCCCUGGAAUGAAAAAGAGGAUACGAGCUGGACAAUAUAAUUUUCCCAAUCCUGAAUGGGAGCAUGUUUCCAGUGAUGCUAAAGAACUUAUUAGAGGCUUACUUUUAACUGAUCCAGCAAAAAGGUUAAACAUUGAACAAGUCAUGAAUCACAAAUGGAUUGCUCAAUUUACAGAAGUGCCUCAAACUCCACUUCAUUCAAUCAGAGUUCUUAAAGAAGAGGAAUAUGCUUGGCCAGAUGUUCAAGAGGAGAUGACUAGAUCCUUAGCAACCAUGAGAGUCGAUUAUGACACUGUCCAUUUGAAGAAUUUGGAUAAAACAAAUAAUUCGCUCUUAAAUAAAAGACGGCAACAUCCAAAGUAAAGCAUGCCAUAGGUUUAAAAAUUUAUAAAACAAUGUGUUUUUGUUUUAUGCUUCACCUUCUUAAUUGAAACUUGUUUAUUGUAAUUGUCUAUCAAAUCUGUUAUCUGAUAAACAUUUAAAUGAAAUUUUGUUGUAUUUGAAUUCAUACAAGAAAAAGAAACAUAUUUUUAAAAAUUAUUCAUUGUAUAUUAAAUUGAAUUUUAAAAUUUUGUUAUAUUGACUAUCAAUUAGUGAAUUUGAGCUAAAAGCAUGUCAGAUGAUUACAAGACAAAAUUUUGCAAUAUUAUUGCUAUUUAUUUAUUAUUUAUUUAUUAAAAUCUUUCUUGAAAAGACAAAGUUUCAUUAAAAAUGACUUUCAGAUGUUUCUGUUUAAAAAAAUAAUUUAUCUUAUCAAUGCAUUACUUUUUAAUCAUGUAAAAUCUUAGUGUUUCUUCCCCUUUUGUAUAUAAAUUCUUUUUUCUCCCUUUCUUACAAAUGUUAUAAAAUUUUCUUAUUUGUUAUAAGCAUGGUUUUUUUUUAAAAUUCUGUACUUAUUAAAAGCUGAUUUUUUCUUAAAAUCAAAUUGCAUUUUAUUUCCUUAGAGGAAUAUUAUAAUGUAAUUAAAUCAUGAGUUAUUUUGAGCUCUUAAUAAUAAAUUAAAAUGAGCAGAUUCUAAUUAAAACAGAAAGUAUAUUGCAUUUAAACUUGUCCAUUAUUUCAUGAAAUAAAUGCCUUAUUCUUCCUGCCUUAAGAAGUAGUUAAUAUCAGAAAUAUAGAUGAUUAUAAUUCGGAAUUUAGUGUUUAACUAAUUUAAAAAUAACUAAUUUAAAUAUUUUGAUAUUUUUGUUUAUUUUUAUUUGUAGGCCUUUGUACUUCAAUUAUGGUUGUAUUUACCUGUUACUUUAAUCUUCUGUUAUUGUGUUUACUGAAUCUUAAUGUAUUGUGAGAAUUCAUAUCCCGAUAAGAAGUAUUUUUCUACUUAGCCAAAUCUAGUUACUUUUUCUUUCAUCUGUGUUGCAUGUCCAAAAUACAAAAAAUCAGAAUUGUCCUUGCAAAUUUUCAAGAAUAAAUUAUUUUAUAUUUUUAAGACUAACCUAUUGUAUUCGUUUAUAUUUUAAUGGAAAAUUAUUUGCUCAGUGUUUUUAUUCCCAUAUUUAGCGAGAUUUUUGUGUAAAUUACUGUAAUUUUCUUGAUUUGAAUUUGAUUUUUUGUAUUAAAAAACUUUUUUAAUCUAGAUUUUUAAUUCAUAUUAUUAUUACUUAAACUAUUUUUCCUUAAAAUUUUUAAUAUGAACAUCUAAUCACCUAGUUUAAUAUUAAUAGUAUUCUAAAGUGUCUUCCUAUAUUAAACUCUUUAAAAAACUUAUAUCAUUUACAUUGAUUUGUGGAAUUUUAUUGCUUCCUUUAUGUUAGAAUACACGAAAUGUUUUUUUCCCCCUCCAUACCUUAAUUUAUUAUUAACAUUUUCCUAUUUUAACCAUUAUCUGCUUUUAUAUUUGAUAAGAGAAGCUUUAUAUCUUAUCUACUUGGUACAAAUAUAAGAAUAAAUACAACACACUUUUAAUAAGUGUUAGGUCCUGUAACUUUAGCAUAAAUUAUUGUACACUAGUGAUUUUCCUUGUAUAGUGUUUUUAAAAAUCAUAGACGAGAUUAUCUUAACGUCAGAAAAUUUUUUGUUUUCAUUAUAUGUAAUAAUAUUAAAUAUGUUAUGUAUAUGCCUAAAGCCCAAUAUAUCAUGUAAAACAGAAUGAUGUACAUUUCAACAAAUACAUUUUUGUAAAUACUGUGAUUUAAUCCUUACUCAAUUGUGAGAUUUAUUAAUACUAUUCUAUACUGCCAUUCAUAGUUUACUGAAUCUUGUGUGAAUUUUAAAGUUACUUUUAUGUCUAGGUAUUAAAUAUCUUUAAGAAGAAUGUAAUUUGAAAACUAGUUAUUCAAAUACUUUAGCAAUAAAAUUCUAAAAUUGUAUGUGUAUUCUUCUAUUUUCUAAGUACUUCUAGAUUUUCAAAUGAUUAAUAGAUAAUCUCGGACUUCUUUCCCUUUUUUUAAAAACUGUAUAUUUAUAUAUUCGUAUGUAGGUGCUACUAAUAGCAUUUUAAAUCUGUAAUUGAAUCUUGUUUAUAUAGAAAUUGUGUAGUAGUACAGUGGAAGAUCUUCCAUAAGUUUUCUCAAAAUAGUAAGGGAUUGUUGUCUUUUAACAAAUAAUAUUUGUUUGAUAUGAUUUUCUUAUGUGUGUUUGUAUUUUCUGCUUAUACAUAUACUUCCAUAUUGAGGUGUUUAUUAAUUAACAUGAAAUAAAAUAUGAAUCUACUUAGUGAAGCCACAUUUUACUAUGUCUUUUUUUAAUGUUAAAUAAUUCAUUUUGAGUUUUUAAAAUAUAAUAGUGUCUUGAAAUAACUAAGGAAAAAAGGGCUAAAGCACAGCAAGGAUUGUGCAAUAAAAUUCUGCAUGAACUUUUUACCUCUGCAACUUUAACCCUUUUUUUUUUCCAUCAGUCGGGACUUUGCAAGUAGAAAUUCUUACCUGAUUACCUAUGUAGUUCCUGUGAUUAAUUUGGGGCAUUUACAAUUGGUGAUAAUUUUUGCCAUAAUAUUACUGUGUUGUUGCUUGAUCUCACAAUUUUGAAUUAGAGCAAAAAUCAAAAGUCAAUCUUUGUUGUGACAAUCAAACCAAAUCUAUUCGAAUCAAAAGGAUGCAAGAAAUAUUAAAUGCCUCAGGUUAUUGUUUCGUUCGUUUCAAUUUGUGAUUUAUAUAUUAUAUGCUGUGUGUUUUCUUCUAGAUGGAAGAAAUCUUAAUUGGUUAUUUUAUUCUUGAAUGGUGUUUUCGAACAUCAACUAUUAUAUAUGUUUUGUACAGGGUAUUUCUUCCCCUCCCCUUCCUAUUGCUGUCUUUCUAUUACAUUUAAAUUGUAUUUUCUUUUGCUUAGCGAACAGAUAUAUGUUAGCAAAACACUUAAAUGUGGUUUGAAAUAAAGAGCUUUCUUUGUUGAAGCUGUAACAAAGUAUAUUUUUCAAUAUUUGCUGUAUUCUGAUACAAGUUUUGGAAAUAUUUUGAAUCACUGCUGAAUCUGUCUUUUCCAUUUAAUGAUCUUUUACAAAUUCUCUAUGAUACUUAAGCUGUUAUGAAUCCUUAUUGUAAUGUAUGUAUAGAAAAGUACAUUGUAAGAUCUUUGAUUUCAAUUUUUUUGCUGUCAUUCUAUGUGUUUUUAUGGAAGGCUUGCAUAUAUUUUAUGAAUUUUGUAUAUACAAAUGUUAUAGAUAAAAUCGUU